GGCUCUGGUGGCACAUACCUGGGAGGUUUAGCGACAACUCGGGUGGCCUCCGAUGCUGCUCACGGGCCAAACGUGAAACCGAGAAGGCGAAUCUUUUCCCUGAACCCUGUCUGAGGUUCCCUAACCGUUGGCCAUCAUGACUAGCGAAUUCCUGGCGGAGCUACAUUGGGAGGAUGGGUUUGCCAUCCCGGUGGCUAACGAGGAGAACAAGAUACUGGAAGAUCAGUUGUCAAAGCUGCAGGAUGAACGGUCAAGCUUGCAAGAUCAGCUACGUGACUAUGAAGAUCGAAUUAGUGCUAUGGCUUCUCACUUCAAAAAUGUUAACCAAGAGUUCUCAUUUACACAGUCUCUUUGCAAAGCCAGGGAGCAUGAGAUUGAAAGUGAAGAACAUUUCAAGAUCAUCGCUGAAAGAGAACUAGGACGAGUCAGGGAUGAAAUCCAAAGACUGGGAAAUGAGAUGGCUUCAAUACAGGAGAAGAAAAGUGAUAAGGAAAAUAACAUAUUUAAAACGACUCAAAAAUUGGAUGGUUUGAAAUGUCAAAUGAACUGGGACCAGCAAGCAUUGGAGGCAUGGUUAGAAGAAUCAGCUCAUAAAGAUAGUGAUGCCCUCACUCUUCAGAAGUAUUCACAACAAGAUGAUAAUAAAAUUAGGGCACUGACCCUGCAGUUGGAAAGACUGACUUUGGAAUGUAAUCAGAGAAGAAAGGUGCUCGACAACGAACUCACAGAGACUCUAAGUGCACAGUUAGAACUGGAUAAAGCAGCACAAGAUUUUCGUAAGAUUCAUAACGAAAGACAAGAACUCAUUAAACAAUGGGAGAACACAAUAGAGCAGAUGCAGAAGAGAGAUCGAGAUAUCGAUAACUGUGCCUUGGCAUUAGCAAGGAUAAAGCAGGAAAAAAGAGAAAAAGAAGGUUUGGUUAAGGAAAAGAUCAAGUUUUUGGAAAGUGAGAUUGGGAAUAACACAGAGUAUGAGAAAAGAAUUUCUGUUGCUGAUCGUAAAGUUUUAAGAUGUAGAAAUGAAUACCAGUGUCAUGAAAUGAAUAGAAAUCAGCUGAAGGAUGAGCUGGAUUCUUUAAAAGCCACUGUAAAUAGAAGUUCCAGUGAUUUAGAAGCCCUGAGGAAAAAUAUUUCCAAAAUAAAGAUGGACAUUCAUGAAAAAGCAACAAGGUUACACAAAAUUAAAAAUCAUAAUCAGAUUGUAAGAAAAAAAUUAAAGCAGAUAACUGAGAAAACUAUGUCUGUAGAAGAAAAAGCUACCAAUUUGGAAGGUAUACUAAGGGAGGAGGAAAAAGGAAUAAAGGAAGUGGAAGUUCAGUUGAACAUAGUGAAAGAUGUGCUGUUUAAGAAAGUUCAGGAAUUACAGACUAAGAAUAUGAAGGAAAAAGCUAUUGUAUCAGAAAUUGAAGGAACCCGUUCCUCUUUAAAGCACCUCAACUAUCAGUUACAUAAACUGGAUUUUGAAACCUUGAAGCAGCAAGAAAUUAUGUAUAAUCAGGAUUUUUACAUUCAACAAGUGGAACGCCGAAUGUCACGGUUGAAGGGAGAAAUUAAUUCAGAAGAAAAACAAGCCCUUGAGUCAAAAAUUGUUGAUCUUAAAAAGACAUUGGAUGAGAAAAAAUCUACAUUAAGCCUUUUGGAAACACAGAUCACGAAGCUUCAUAAUGAUCUUUACUUUAUCAAGAAGUCAAAUAGUAAAAAUUGUGAUGAAAAACAGUCCCUUACAACCAAAAUAAGUGAACUAAACCUUUUCAAUGACAGAUCAGAGAAAGAACUUAAUAAAGCCAAAGUUUUGAAACAGGAUUUGAUGAUAGAAGAUAAUCUUUUAAAACUUGAAGUUAAACGUACUCGAGAAAUGCUUCAUAGUAAGGCAGAAGAAGUUCUUUCGAUGGAAAAAAGAAAACAGCAGUUAUACACUGCUAUGGAGGAACGAACUGAGGAAAUUAAGGUUCACAAAACAAUGCUUGCAUCACAAAUAAGAUAUGUUGAUCAAGAACGGCAAAACAUCAGUGCUGAGUAUCAUGAGCGGCUAAGUAAAAUUGAUAAGCUGAAGAAUAGAUACGAAAUUCUUACUAUUGUUAUGCUGCCUCCUGAAGAAGAGGAGAAAACACAGGCCUAUUAUGUAAUAAAGGCUGCUCAGGAAAAAGAAGAACUUCAAAGGGAAGGUGACAGCUUGGAUGCUAAGAUCAGUAAAGCCGAAAAAGAAAUCUGUGCUCUAGAGAACACCCUCCAAGUGCUGAACAGCUGCAACAACAAUUACAAGCAGUCUUUUAAAAAAGUGACUCCAUCUAGUGAUGAGUAUGAGCUAAAAAUCCAACUAGAAGAACAAAAAAAGGCUGCUGAUGAAAAAUACAGAUACAAACAAAGACAAGUCAGAGAACUACAGGAAGAUAUCCAGAGCAUGGAGAAUACUUUAGCAGUUAUAGAACAUUUAACAAAUAACUUCAAAGAAAAAUUAUCAGAGAAGCAGGCUUAUUCAUUUCAACUAAGUAGAGAAACAGAGGAGCAGAAGCCAAAAUUAGAGAGAGUAACUAAACAGUGUGCAAAACUCACCAAGGAAAUCCGUCUUUUGAAACAUACAAAAGAUGAAACACUAGAAGAACAAGACAUCAAACUUCGUGAAGUGAAACAGUUUCACAAGAUCAUUGAUGAAAUGUUAGUUGAUGUCACAGAAGAAAAUGCUGAGAUUCGUAUUAUCCUUCAAACAUCCUUUCAACAGAAUGGCUUAGAACUACCUAUAACUAGUACUAAAGGCAGUCAUCAGAGUUCUAGAUCUCCUUCACAGACAUCACAGUUGUCAGCAAGGUCAUCCAGAAGUACUGCCACUUCUCAGUCUUCAGUUAAAAUAUUAGAUCUGCACUUCCCAGCAUCCUGUCCACUAACUGGCAGCACUUCCAGGCCAGCUAGCACUAGCAGUAGCUCCAGUAAUGGUAAAAGCAAAAAGGGCAGCAAAUAA